CAACCAUAUCCGCCAAGCUUUAACACAUAGAUAUUGCCUUAAAUCAGCCUUAUUACUGCUGUUCUACAUUGAGUUUGGUAUCGUAGCUACUAGGUGGAUGCUGUUCUGCAUUUUUCCAUAUCAAGAAGUGUGGCAUUUGGUUCUCUUUCUGUUGUUCCUCCUCAAAAUGGGUUUUAUUUGUCAAUGGAGUAGAAGGAAGGUGUCAACCUUUCACAUUCGUGCUUCAGUUACAGAUGUUGUACGAGAGACAUCCAUAGAAAAAGCCCAGCUCCAAAAAGGUGACACCUGGUCUGUUCAUAAAUUUGGCGGUACCUGUGUGGGAAGCUCCCAAAGAAUUCGGAAUGUUGCGGAGAUAAUUAUUAAUGAUGAUUCAGAAAGAAAAUUGGUUGUAGUGUCUGCUAUGUCAAAGGUGACAGAUAUGAUGUAUGAUCUUAUCUACAAGGCACAGUCACAGGAUGAUUCUUAUAUAACUGCAUUGGAUGCUGUUCUAGAAAAGCACAAGUUAACAGCACUUGAUCUAUUUGAAGGGGAUAUUCUUGCUAGUUUCUUAUCACGGUUGCAUCAUGACAUCAAUAACCUGAAAGCAAUGCUUCGUGCGAUAUAUAUAGCCGGUCAUGCAACCGAAUCUUUUACAGAUUUUGUUGUAGGACAUGGAGAGCUAUGGUCUGCUCAGAUGUUGGCGUCUCUUGUCAGAAAGAACGGGAUAGAUUGUAAUUGGAUGGAUACAAGGGAGGUCCUUAUCGUAAAUCCCACUGGUUCUGGUCAAGUUGAUCCAGUUUACUUGGAAUCUGAAAAAAGACUUGAGAAAUGGUUUUCGCAAAAUCCAUCUAAGACAAUCAUUGCAACUGGUUUCAUAGCUAGCACACCUCAAAAUAUUCCUACGACUUUGAAAAGAGAUGGAAGUGACUUCUCUGCAGCUAUUAUGGGCGCUUUGUUCAGGGUACGUCAAGUCACAAUCUGGACAGAUGUUGAUGGUGUUUAUAGUGCCGAUCCCAGAAAAGUUAGUGACGCUGUGGUACUGAAGACUUUGUCUUAUCAAGAGGCCUGGGAAAUGUCAUAUUUUGGUGCAAAUGUUUUACAUCCCCGGACCAUCAUUCCAGUGAUGCAAUAUGACAUUCCAAUUGUUAUAAGAAAUGUCUUCAAUCUCUCAGCAGCUGGAACGAUGAUAUGCCGGGAUUCUGUCAAUGAGUUUGAAGAUGGUCAGAGAUUGGAAUCUCUUGUCAAAGGCUUUGCAACAAUAGACAAUUUGGCCAUUGUAAAUGUUGAGGGAACUGGAAUGGCUGGCGUUCCUGGUACAGCUAGUGUCAUUUUUGAUGCCGUGAAAGAUGUAGGAGCUAAUGUUAUCAUGAUAUCUCAGGCUAGCAGUGAGCAUUCUGUGUGCUUUGCCGUCCCCGAGAAGGAAGUGAGAGUUGUUGCUGAGGCUUUACAGUCUAGAUUUCGUGAUGCUCUGGAUGCUGGGCGUAUUUCCCAGGUUGCAGUCAUCCCAAACUGUAGCAUUUUGGCAGCAGUAGGCCAGAAAAUGGCAAGUACUCCAGGAGUCAGUGCUACACUUUUCAAUGCACUUGCAAAGGCUAAUAUUAAUGUCCGUGCUAUAGCCCAAGGUUGCUCAGAGUACAAUGUCACUGUAGUUGUCAAGCGAGAAGACUCUGUGAGGGCUCUAAGAGCUGUCCACUCAAGAUUUUAUCUGUCUCAAACCACAAUGGCAGUGGGUAUUAUUGGACCUGGAUUGAUUGGUGGCACCCUGCUUGACCAGUUCAGGGAUCAGGCAGCAGUCCUCAAGGAAAAGUUUAACGUGGAUUUGCGUGUUAUGGGUAUCACUGGCUCCAAGAGAAUGCUUUUGAAUGAUAUGGGUAUUGACUUAACUACAUGGAGAGAACUUGAAAAGGAGAAGGGAGAACUGGCUGACCUGGAGAAAUUUGUUCAAAAUGUGCAUGGAAAUCAUUUUAUUCCAAAUACCGUGUUGGUAGAUUGUACAGCGGACUCUAGCAUUCCAAGCCAUUACUAUGAUUGGUUGCGAAGGGGAAUUCAUGUAAUUACGCCAAAUAAGAGGGCGAAUUCAGGACCACUUGAUCAGUAUUUGAGGUUGAGAGAUCUUCAACGCCAAUCCUAUACACAUUACUUCUAUGAAGCUACUGUUGGAGCUGGUCUUCCAAUCAUUAGCACCUUACGAGGUCUCCUUGAAACUGGGGACAAAAUAUUGCGGAUUGAAGGCAUUUUUAGUGGGACUCUGAGUUACAUUUUCAACAACUUUAUCAGCACACGAGCUUUCAGUGAGGUGGUGGCGGAGGCAAAAGAGGCAGGUUAUACUGAACCAGAUCCGAGGGAUGAUUUAUCUGGAACAGAUGUGGCCAGAAAGGUGAUAAUUCUUGCCAGAGAAUCUGGUCUAAAGCUAGAGCUUUCAGAUAUCCCUAUUCAAAGUCUUGUGCCAGAACCAUUAAGGGGUAUUGCAUCAGCUGAGGAAUUUCUCCAGCAACUGCCACAACAUGAUCAAGACAUGGCUGAGAAACGUCAGGAUGCAGAGGAUGCAAAGGAAGUCUUGAGAUAUGUUGGAGUGGUGGAUGUGGUUAAUCAAAAAGGGAUUGUGGAAUUGGGAAGAUACAAGAAAGAUCACCCAUUUGCUCAGCUUUCAGGUUCUGACAACAUCAUUGCUUUUACCACUGAAAGAUACAAGCACCAGCCUCUGAUAGUCCGUGGGCCAGGUGCUGGGGCCCAAGUCACGGCAGGUGGGAUCUUCAGUGACAUUUUGCGGCUUGCCUCAUAUCUUGGUGCCCCAUCAUAAUAAACACGGUUGUCUCUUCAGCCAUGAACAAUGUAGCAUCUUUCUUGUUCUUCUAUGCCCUAGGUCUCGUGUUUUUUGUCAGUCCAAGCUUGUGGUGAUGGUAUAUAAGCUGUCAUGUAAGUUAAUCCAUGCAUUAGCCUCUGUGCAUUGUUAUGUCUUGUUGGCAUUAGUCUGUUAAAGCAGAUUUGGGACUAAAAGUGCCACAUCUGUUUGCUACUUUGUAGAUUGGCUAGCUAGGGUUUCUUUCUCAAGGCUUUGUAGUUCCUAGCUUGUGUAUUUUGUUCAACCGAAGGCGUUCACUGCUACUAGCAAUAUGAAAUCCUUCACGAGCCAUCAUGCCAUGGCUAGUUCUCCUUCCCUCCCUUAGGAUUGCUGUUUCAAUGACCAUGUCUAAUAAUGCCAUCUUAGGGCAGUUCUAAUCGAAAAAAUUAUUUGUUGUUUUCAGAUAAUUGUAGUUUAAAUGUGCCAAUCUUGGAUGACAUUUCCCAUAUUGUCUUUUGUUUUCUAGUCGGCUUGUUUUAUUCGUCUUUGUUUAGUUGGCUGGUUAGCUUUGUAAUAUGAAACUCUAAUGUCGGCUUUCUUUUUAUGUUUUAA